AUGACGACAAGGAGCAAGGCUGGAAUCCGAAAGCCAAAAACAGUUUUCUCUCUUCUAGCUCAGACAAAAUCUCCACUUCCAAAAAGCUAUAUUCAAGCUCUUUCUGAUCCAAAUUGGACACCAUCAAUGACUGAUGAGUAUGAUGCUAUGAUUAAGACCAAGAGUUGGAAACUUGUACCAAGGCCUCUAAAUGUUAAUAUUGUGAGAUCUAUGUGGUUGUAUACUCAUAAACAUGAUGCAGAUGGGGCUCUAAAAUGUCACAAGUCGAGAUUGGUAGCCAAUGGAAAAUCGCAGGAAGCAGGUGUUGACUUUACAGAAACUUUCAGUCCUGUUGUAAAACCUGCAACAAUACGCACGGUUUUGAAUAUCGGAGUUGCUCGAGAAUGGCCGAUACAUCAAUUAGAUGUAAAGAAUGCAUUUUUACAUGGGGAACUAGAAGAAACAGUGUAUAUGCAUCAGCCUCCUGGAUUUGUGGACAAAAAUUACCCUAACUAUGUUUGCAAAUUGCAGAGACCUAUUUAUGGCUUAAAGCAAUCACCAAGGGCUUGGAAUUCCAGAUUUGCAAAGUUUAUAAACCAUUUGGGGUUUGUGACAAGUAGGGCAGAUGCGUCGUUAUUUAUUUUAAGGAAAGGAGGAGAGCUUGCUUACAUCUUACUUUAUAUGGAUGACAUUCUCUUAACAGCUUCUUCUACUACUCUGUUGCGACAAAUAAUUGAUUCCCUCAAAACAGAGUUUCCGAUGACUGAUAUGGGCAAGGUAAAACACUUUCUUGGCAUUAAGGCUGAUUAUAAUGAUAAGGGGAUGUUUUUGAGCCAAACGACUUAUGCUCGAGACAUCAUUCAUCGGGCUGGAAUGAGUGAAUGUAAACCAUGUGCAACACCGGUGGACUUAAAGUCGAAGCUCUCUAACGACAUUGGUGAACCAGUCAAGGAUCCGACAGCUUAUAGAAGCCUUGCAGGAGCACUGCAAUACUUGACCUUUACGCGGCCAGACAUCUGCUAUGCAGUUCAUCAAGUCUGUUUGUAUAUGCAUGAUCCAAAACAGCCACAUUUGAAUGCUCUGCGACGCAUUAUACGGUAUCUCAAGGGCACUCUCUCACAUGGAUUGCAACUGGUUAAAGGGGAUAUAAGUGGUUUUACGGCUUACUCGGACGCUGACUGGGGUGGCUGUCCUGACACAAGAAGAUCUACAUCAGGUUAUUGUGUGUUUCUUGGUCCAAAUCUGGUUUCAUGGUCCGCAAAGCGACAGCCUACGGUGUCCCGUUCGAGCUCCGAAGCUGAAUACAAAGGUGUUGCUAACACAGUUGCUGAACUUUGUUGGCUGAGAAAUCUCAUGUUGGAGCUACAUUGUAACAUCACCAAAGCGUCCAUUGUGUACUGUGACAACAUUAGUUCGGUUUAUCUUGCUUCAAAUCCAGUCAAACAUCAACGGACAAAACAUGUGGAAUUGGAUAUUCACUUUGUUCGUGAGAAAGUAGCCAUUGGAGAAGUAAAGGUCAUUCAUGUUCCUUCCUCGUUUCAGUAUGCAGAUAUCUUCACCAAGGGAUUACCAACAAGUCUCUUCAAUGAGUUUCGAUCCAGUCUCACCGUCAAGAAUCCCGACGCUGCAACUGAGGGAGGGUGA